AUGGCAUCUUCUUCUACUAAUAAUUUUGAUGAUUUCGACAAAAUGCUUGAUGAGAGAUUUGAUCAAGUGUACGAUCAAGCGUUCGAUCAUAUUGUUUCUGCUCAUGCUGCUCGCCAACAAGCAAGAAAGCCAAGGAAAAAAAGAGUCUAUAUUGAAAGAGAUCGUGAAGAUGGACACGAUCGCUUGUGGAACGAUUAUUUUAGUGAAGAUGCAACAUACCCUCCUCCUCUUUUUCGUCGUCGCUAUAGAAUGAACAAGGCGCUGUUCAUGCGUAUUACUGAUCGACUCUCUAAUGAAAUUCUAUUCUUUCAACAAAGAAGAGAUGCUACCGGAAGGUUCGCUCUCUCUGCAAUACAGAAAUGUACAGCAGCAAUUCGUAUGAUGGCAUAUGGUUGUGCAGCUGAUGCGCUUGACGAAUACCUCCGACUUUCUGAAACCACUGCGAUGCAAUGCUUGGUCAAUUUUGUUGAAGGAGUCAUAAAUUUAUUUGGGGAUGAGUAUCUAAGGAGACCCACACCAGAGGAUCUUCAACGUUUACUCGAUAUUGGAGAGCUACGAGGAUUUCCGGGGAUGAUAGGAAGCAUCGAUUGUAUGCAUUGGGAAUGGAAGAAUUGCCCAACCGCAUGGAAAGGUCAAUACACACGUGGAUCCGGAAAUCCAACCAUCGUUUUAGAGGCUGUAGCGUCACACGAUCUAUGGAUAUGA